AUUUACCCUUCAAACAGGAAAAGCAACUCUCAGCGCAGGUCCUUUACAGAUUUUCUACACCAAGCUUAUCUCCGAGCACAGCAGCACUGGGCACACUGCUGCAGGUGAGGCUCUGCCUUCCGGCUUCAGGUUGGGCUCCAGGAUGGACCACACCAUGCUGUGACCUCAAAUUUGGACGACCUCUCUGGCCAUGCCAGCCUAAACUGCAAGCUGUCAGUGGCAUUCUGCAGUCCAUAAUAUUGAAAACUCACCCUGCAUCAUCCCAGAAGGAAAUGAUGCAGGGCUGUGCCGGCAAAUACACCACUUGAGCUAUUCCUUGUCAGCGGCAGGGAAGAGUUCCUGGGAAAAGGACAGCACUGGUGAGUGACAGGGGAUCAGCACGGGGCCUGCAGAAUGACUCUGAUACAUCGGAGCCAGGACUUUGAUACGUCAGGGUGGGGACAAGCAUGUGCCCAACAGGAAUCCAUGCAUUUAUGGUGGCUUAGUUCCCAACCUUAGUCAAUGCAAACAUGCUUAACAGAGCAAUUCUUUUUCAUCUAACAUCCGCCUGGUUUUUGUAGAUUACAGCCACGCUUCACAGUGUUUCUCCUUGCUCAGGGUGACGCAGGACCAGUGACAGCCCCUCGCUGUGUUCCCCCAGCAUGCGGGUGACAGGCAUGAUCCGGAUCCUGGUGCCGCUGGCCACACUGCUGAGCUUCUGGUUCAUCAUACAGACAUACUCUGAGCACAGAGGGAGAGCCAUCAGCCUGCGGAGCUGGUUGGGUUCCACCAGAAAGCCCAUGAGUAGCCCACCACAGCCCCGCCACAAAUGUGAGAACAAGAAGGACUGCCCCGCCGACCACUUCGCCUUCCGGAUCAUCAGCGGUGCCGCCAACGUGGUGGGACCUUCCAUCUGCUUCGAGGACAGGAUCCUCAUGAGCACCGUGAAGAACAACAUUGGCAGAGGGCUGAACAUAGCGCUGGUGAACGGUGAGUUGGGCCCCGGUGGCCCAAAGGCUUUGUGCACAGCCUACUUCAGGAGAGCAUCAACCACGGUGCACGUGGGCCUGGGACGCAGGGGAGCCUCUCUGGAGACCCACCCUGACUGUGUUGGGAAUUUUCAACCCUUAGGAAAGAGCGGGCAGCUCCUGAAGGUGGGCUCCUUCGACAUGUACUCUGGAGAUGUUACAAAGCUGGAGACCUUUCUCGAAGAUAUCAAGGAUGGCACCAUCAUGCUGGCAGCCACCUAUGACGAUGCCGCCACAAAGAUGAACAACAAAAUACGGGCACUUUUUUCAGCACUGGGCAGCAGACACGUGAACCAGCUGGGCUUUCGAGACAACUGGGUCUUCUUAGGGGCGAAGGGGAUGAAAGACAAGAGCCCCUUUGAGGAGCACAUCAAAAAUGACCAGAAAACAAAUAAAUAUGAUGGUUGGCCAGAGCUGCUGGAGAUGGAAGGCUGUGCCCCCAGGAAGCAAGAUUAGAAGGGACACUCUGGCAGCACACCUGCAUGGAGCCCAAGCCAGGUCUAUGUGGACACCAACCCCCCUGGACCGAGCAAGCCCCCGGCCCGGCCACACGAGGCUGGUGGAGGCUGCUGGCUCCCAGAGACCGGCAUUCUGCUGUGGGGACACGCGGUGCUCAAAGCAGCUGCAGCAUGCAGGUGAGCAAGCACCCAGCCAGGCUCCAGCCAAGCUGCCCUAGUCCAUGGCUAUGCGUUGAUGUGGGGCAUUUUAUUUUUUUAUCUUCAAACCAAGCAUUUUGUGAUAAGUUUUCUAGUUGUUUCUUAAAUAAUAUACCUAAUUAUAAAGCAA